AUGACGAUGUCGAAAACUUCCUUCAGGGGUGGAGGCGGGGGCCUGCCUGCCUCCCACCUGUUCGGAAUGGCCAGCCUUGUCCUCCUGUACUUCGGCUUCAGCCAUGGCAGGAAAGCCAUCAUCGAGGGCGAUGUCAUGCUGGGGGGCCUCCACCCUAUCCACCAAAAAGGAGGGAAGGAGAUAUGUGGACUCAUCAACAAGGACAGAGGGAUCCAGCGAGUGGAAGCCAUGCUCUUUGCUCUGGAGAAGAUCAACCGAGAUCCAUCGUUGCUCAAGGACAUCAAGUUGGGGGCCAUCAUCCUGGACACCUGUUCCAGUGACAGCUAUGCCUUGAACCAAUCGUUAGAGUUCAUCAGGGCUUCGAUCAACACGGUGGAUGCUACUGCUUUCGAAUGUCCUAAUGGCUCUGCUCCCACCCUCAAGUUCAACACCAAGGCCAUUACCGGUGUCAUCGGGGGAUCGUACAGUGAGGUGUCUUUGCAAGUAGCGAACUUGCUCAGGCUGUUCAGAAUACCGCAGGUGUCCCCUGCUUCGACUGGAACUUGGCUCAGUGAUAAAACCCGGUACGACUUCUUCGCCCGCACCGUUCCUCCAGACACCUUUCAAGCUGUUGCCCUUGUCGAUCUUGUGCAGCGUUUCAACUGGUCCUAUGUGUCACUAGUCUCUUCCGAAGGACAGUAUGGCGACUCUGGCAUGACCGCCUUCCAGCGGGAGGCACGGAGCCGAAACAUAUGCAUAGCUGCAUCCGAAAAAGUCCCCCACUCGGCCACGAGCGAAGUUUUCGACACCAUCUACCAGAACCUCCUCCAGAAGCCUAAUGCCAGGGGUGUGGUCCUGUUCACCAGGGACGCUGAUGCUUCUGGCAUCUUGAAAGCUGCCAAGAGGCUCAACAAGACUCACUUCACGUGGGUCGCCAGCGAUGGGUGGGGCAAGCAGGAAAAGCUUGUUGAAAAUCUUGAACAGGCGGCUGAAGGCGCCAUCACGGUCGAACUGCAAUCCACGGAAAUCGAAGAAUUCAACAAGUACAUGAAGAGCCUUACGCCGUCGAACAAUCAGCGCAAUCCGUGGUUCGAGGAAUACUGGGAAAGCGUGUUCUCGUGCGUGUUGCCCAAGAACUCGAACAAUUCCAAACUGCCUAUCUGUUCUCCGAAUUUGAGGCUGGACGAGAGUGUCGGCUAUAGGCAGGAAUCCAAAGUACAAUUCGUGGUGGAUGCUGUGUAUGCCUUUGCUCAUGCGCUGGACAAAGUGUGGCGCGAACUUUGCAAGCCCAGAGGAGAGGGCUACUGCCAUGCGAUGCGAAGUCUGGAUGGUGGAAAACUGUAUCGGGAUUAUCUUCUGAAUGUAUCUUUCACAGAUCUCGGUGGAAACCAGGUGAAAUUCGACCAGCAAGGAGACGGUCUCGGACGAUACACCAUCUACAACUACCAGAAAGACGACAACUCCAGCAACUACUACUACAAAGUGGUGGGGAAAUGGUUCGACGGCCUGCACUUAGACCUGGACGACGUCAAGUGGCCGGGGGGUGGGAGCCUCACCACUUCGGUCUGUUCCCACCCCUGCGGUCCCGGCGAGGUGAAGAUCACGCAGUCGGGAGACGUCUGCUGUUGGAUAUGCCACCGCUGUGAUCCUUGGGAAUACGUAGUGGACGAAUUCACGUGCAGGGACUGCGGCCACGGAAGGUGGCCCUACCCCCACAAACAGAGCUGUUACGAGCUGGACCAGCAGCACAUGCGCUGGGACUCGCUCUUCGCCGUCGUGCCUGUGGUGGUGGCGGGCGUGGGCGUCCUCCUCACCUCCUGGGUGAUGAUCGUCUUCUUCCGAAACAACGACACCCCCAUCGUGAAGGCCGCCGGGCGGGAACUCAGCUACCUGUUGCUGACGGGCAUCAUGUGCUGCUACUUCAUGACGCCCGUCAUGCUCGCCAAGCCCACCCCGAUCGUCUGCGGGCUGCAGAGGUUCGGCAUCGGGUUCAGCUUCGCCAUCAUCUACGCGUCGCUGCUCACCAAGACCAACCGGAUAAGCCGGAUCUUCGAGAGUGCCAGACGAUCGGCGCGCAGACCAUCCUUCAUCAGUCCCAAGUCCCAGCUGGCCAUCGCUUCGGUGCUCAUAUCCGUCCAGGUGAUAGGGACAGCCGUCUGGUUCCUCCUGGAGCCACCGGGCAUCCGGCAGUACUAUCCGGACGGGAAGCGGAACCAGGUGAUCCUCAAGUGCAGCAUCCGGGACUCUUCCUUCCUCCUCUCGCUCAUCUACAACAUGCUCCUGAUCACCAUCUGCACCGUCUACGCCGUCAAGACCAGGAAGAUACCCGAGAAUUUUAACGAAUCAAAGUUCAUUGGAUUCACCAUGUACACUACCUGCAUCAUUUGGUUGGCGUUUGUGCCCAUCUACUUCGGGACAGGCAAUUCCUUCGAGGUGCAGAUAACGACCCUGUGCGUGUCAACUUCUCUGAGUGCGUACGUGGCCUUGUUCUGUCUCUUCUCCCCGAAGAUCUACAUCAUCAUCUUCCACCCGGACAAGAAUGUGCGGAAGCUCACGAUGAACAGCGCCACCUACAAGAGGGCACCCACGAGCAGCACCUGCGGGGGCACUUCCCUCAAUCAAGGAAACGGCAAAGAAGAAACAGUUAUCAAAGGGGAACUCAAGAGCAAUAACAUGAAAACUUAUGGUUAG